AAAAAAAAAAAAAACCCAACUACCCAAACAACCUCAUAAUUAUACUACAAGAGCAACUUCAGCUGAAUAAAAAAUUUAUUUCCUUUUUUAACCUUUGUAAGAUUCCCAUUCUUGGAAAUUCCAAAACAAGAUUUGCUUAUAGCUACCCAAAAAAGAUUAUAUCUUUAUAUAUACAUUUCAUAGUUAUAACUCUUUUCUUGAUCACCUUAUCAGCCUUUAGUUUCUUUUAGGCUGUGGGUUUGUAAUGGCAUCAUCAUUAAGGGUCAUUUUCUUCACUAUAUUGUUUUGUAUUGCAUUUAUAUUUACACAGAUCAAAGCUGAGACAUCUUUGGAUGAUGAAGUGGAAGUGGUUCAAUCCCAUGAUGUUUCUAGUUCUUCAGAGAUGGAUCAUCUUAAGUCCAAGAUCCAAUCUUUGGAAUCAAAUGUGGAGGACACGGCCGUGGAACUGAAACGGAAGGAUGAAGUCAUUGCUGCCAAGGAGGAUAUGAUAAAAGAGAAAUCAGAGACAAUUGCUUCAUUGCUAGCCCAGAUAGCUUCUCUCCGAAAAAAAAGUUCAUUGGAUGCUGAGGAACAAGUUAAAAAGGCUCAUGCACGAGUUGAUCAACUAGAAAAACAAGUCGAGACACUAAAAAAGGAAGUUGAUAUGAAGAAUAAGGAGAAAAAAGAGUUAGGAACCCAGAUUAAUGAAGCAGAGAAGAGAGUAACUGAAUUAAAUUCAAAAGUUGAGAAGCUUCAAAAGACCGUUGACGAGCAGAAUGCAAAACUAAGAAAAACUGAACGGGCUCUUCAGAUUGCUGAGGAGGAAAUGGUUAGAGCUAGAUCUGAAGCCACGUCAAAAGCUCAGCAGCUCGGAGAGGUUCAUGGUGCAUGGCUUCCACCUUGGCUUGCAGUUCGUUUGACUCAUUUCCAGUUUCUUUUGGAGAAGCACUGGGAGGAGCACGGUAAACCUGCUAUGGACAUAGUGAUACAGAAGGCUACUGAAAAGAAGGCCCAAGCUGAAACAUGGGCUGCACCACAUGUUGAAACAAUCAAAACACAAUGGAUACCAGUUGCAAAGGAAAAGUGGUUGGUGAUUUCCACUACCGCCGAGCCACAUGUACAAUUGCUAACUACAAGAGCUCUUGAAAUUUACGAUACAUCUAAAGGCGUUAUAACUCCACAUAUUGUCAAGGUUCAAGAACUAGCAACUCCUCAUGUUCAGGAAAUUAAGAAAUUCAGCAAGCCGUACAUUGACCAGGUUGCCACUGCUGCAAGACCACACGUUGAAAAAGUUCGUGUUGCUGCCAAGCCGUACACAGAGGUGGCAGUUCAUCAUUAUGGGAAGUUCCUUGAGUCUGCAACUACAUACCAUAAUCAGCUUCAAGGCACAGUCAAAGAAACACUGGAGAAUCAUGACCUUACAAGAUCUCUCGCAACAAAGGAGCUGAUCUGGUUUGCCGCAUCAGCAUUGUUGGCUUUGCCCAUUAUAUUUCUGUUCAAGUUUUUGUCUGCUGUUUUCUGUACAAAGGCAAAGGAAUCCGAUCACACUGGUAAUUCGCCCAAUUCACGUGGUAAGGCCAAGAGGGGACAUCCGGACGAGUAGGACAAAGGAAGUUGACUUCUUUUUAUCAAAACUGAGGCACGCUUUUAUAGUUCACAGAUUUGGCUGUCCUGUUCUCCCUGGGUAUUUGGAAAUAUUUGUCCAUCUACAAAUUCUUUUCUUUGUUUAUGAAGCUCUCUCCUAAGUUUUUUUUUUUCAUUUUUUUUUUUGGUUUGUGUAUAAAGCGAAAAAAAAUGGGGAUACAAAAACUUUAGGUUUGAAAAUUUUGUGUUGGUGUAUCACAGCUUUGGCUUUGGAUAUAUAGUCAUAUAUAGUCUCAUUAUUCAUGUAUUA